AUAUAUACAGGUGUGGCGGCCCCGUCCCGUCCACUUUCCGUUGGGUCGCCACUCUCCGCGCAUCUCAGCAGCAGCAGCAGCAGCCAGGCUCACCCGCCCAUCUUCUACGUCUCCAAACACACACCUUUACCUCCCAGCCAGGAUGUCCAUGCAGACGCGAGUUGUGGUAGCGGUUGCGGUGGUUGUGGUGGUGCUGGCGCUGCUCAGCUCCCCCGUCAGCGCCGGCUACAGGAAGCCUCCCUUCAACGGCUCCAUCUUCGGCAAGCGUGCAGGCGCCGACCCAGUGUACGAGCCCGCCAAGGCCCUGACCGCCGUGUGCCAGGUAGCCAUGGAGGCGUGUGGUGGCUGGUUCCCCGGCACCGAGAAGAAAUGAACCACCCAGAGAGAACCAAGGAGUCAGAGAAGCAGCGGUGGUGGCGGCGGAAUGAGUUAGAGGGACCAUUAUUGGCAGCGAGAGAAAGAACAAGACCAGCAGCAGCAUCACCACCACCACAACAACAACAAAAACAACAACAACAAGAGUGCGAACCUUGCUCCACUAAUCCUCCUCAAACCUAACCUAACUUGACCUAACCUAACUCAAGCUGACCUAACCUAACUUAACCUGGCCUAACCUAGUCUAACUUAACCUAACCUGACCCAGUUUCCUGACCUAACCUAGCCUAACUUAACCUAACCUGACCUGACCUAACUUAACCUGGCCUGAAAAUCUGACCCAAUCUAACCAAACUUAACAUAACCUGACCUGACCUGACUUAACCUGGCCUAACCUAACCUAGCCUGACCUAACUUGACUUAACUUGACCUAACCUAACAACCUGACCUAAUCUAACCUAACCUAGCCUGACCUAACCUGACCUUAAUUAGUCUGACCUGACCUCAUCUGACCUGACCUGUGGCUGGCUUCUUUGUGGACAUUAAUAAGACCUACCAACCUUUCUACCUCCCUAUCUACAUACCUACUUGCUAACCUUCCUUCCUAUCUUCCUUCCUUCCUCACCACCACCUUGGAUGAUGAGGUUGAGCAAAAAUACCACCACCAAAUAAGGGAUAUCAACACCAGUCAACACCGUAGCAACUAACACCACAUUGAUCACCACCUGGCGAGUUAACACCAACGACAACACCAAAAUAAUAAAAAUAAAACACCGAUCAACACCAACUGACCAAGAAAAACAACCUCAACACCACCUCCUCGGAUCAUGUUCUACACUGAAACGCAACACCAAAUCGAAUUAAAAGAAACAUAGGCGCAAACAACCACCAGGACAAGAAGUAACACCAUCUCACCUCCACCCAUUCACCUCCAAAUGCCAACACCGACACCUCCUUCAGCCUCGUCAUCACUGCAGCAACUCUGGAGGUGACGUACGACCGAAACCAGGAGGAGAAAAAAAGGAGUAUGCGUGAUUACCUGGAAAAUAUCAACACCUCCACCUCCACCUCCACCUCUACCUCCACUUCCGCACCACCACCUGCACUGCCGCUUUCAACACCAAGACCAACACCAGAAAAAAAAUAAGGAUGGAAAAUGAAGAAGUAUAAAGUUAAUAAAUAAUACUAAAUGUUAAAUGUUACACCCCCUUCUCCCUCUCCCUCUCUCCUCUACUCCAAGUCACGAUGAAUUAAUAGGAAAAUUGGAAUAUCGCAUGUUUAUCAAAUUCAUACCUUUCGUUGUCCUUCACUCGACAAAAACAGAAUUAUAUAAUGAGGUAAAAAUUAUAAUAUAUGCAUCAAAUUGUAUCACACCUUCUCCAGCAUAAAGGGAACGAUAGAAGAUGGGAAGGAAGGAUAGAAAAAGAAGAUGGGAAAGGAGAGGAUGGGAGAGAGAGAGAGGAAGGGAUGAGUGGAUAGCAGUGAGUGAAAAAAAAAAAAAUGAGGUAAAUCUGUGAAGUAAAACGACAUGUAAAAUUUUGUUAGGAAUAUGUACAAGGUAGACCAAGGAAGGAGAAGGAUGGAGUAAGGAAUGGUGAAGUUGUCCGGUGAUGGAGAUAAAUUCUGAAGCAAAUAUGGUAAAAAAUUUGUUAAGUAAAGCAGAAGAAAAUUAUGUUAAGUAAAAAGGUGUUAAGUAUAAGUAUAUAUUGGUGUGACCCCCUGUACUACUACUACUACUACUACUACUAUUACUGAGUGUGAAGUUUAGGUUAAUAUGAAAAAAAUUAGUGUUAGCAGAAUAUUCCUCUAAAAAAUGCAGGAUAUACUCAAUGACUAUUCUCUCUCUCUCUCUCUCUCUCUCUCUCUCUCUCUCUCUCUCUCUCUCUCUCUCUCUCUCUCUCUCUCUCUCUGCUCAUAUUCCUUCCCCUAUUGUCCUCCUCCUCCUCUUUCCUUUUUUCCUCACCCUUUCUCUCAUUUUUUCCCUCCUAAUAACUCUAUCCAGUCCUCCUCCACCUCCUCUUCCUCCUCCUUCUAUUGUAUCCAUGUCCCAAUUCUCCAUUCCUCCUCCUCUUGCUUUCCUUUUUUUCCUCAGUGUUUUAUUCAUGUAAUUAUUCCUCCUCUUCCUCCUUCUGUUAUUUUUUUCCUUCUCACUCUUUUUCCUUUCCUUCUGAUUACUCCUGUUCUUCCCUUUCCUCUCUGUCCCUUUCUCCUCUUCAAUUACUGACCUUUUUCUUGCCUUUCAUGUCCUUUUUAUCCUGUUUUCUUGUGGUCCUUCAUUCUCUCUUUCAUCUAUCUUUUUAUUUUUAUUUCCUUCCUUUAUUCUUUUUCCUUCCUUCCUUCCUUGCUUUAUUGGUCUUCUUCUUCCUCUGUGUUCUAUCUUUUCCUUAUUCUUUCCUUAUAUUCCUUCCUAUCUAAGUUUACCAUCAAUUCUCUUCUAAUUCUCUCUUUUCAUUCUCUCUUCUAGUUUUAUGAGCUGUUCCCUUUUUCUCUUUCACUCCUUGUUUCUCUUUCUUCCUAGUCUAUCUUUUAUCAGAGUCUGUUUAUGUCUGUCUCCAUUCAUAUCUUCCUUUCCCUCUCUCUCUCUCUCUCAUAUUCCUUUUCCCAUUGUACUUUUCCUUCUUUCUCAUCAUUUUUCUUCCGUUUUUCCUAUUAUUAAUUCUUUCUGGUCCUCCUCCUCCUCCUCUUCCUAUUCUUUCUCCUCAUUGCAAUCUUCCUAUCUUCCAUUCCUCCUCUUGUUUUCCUUUUUCCUCACGUGACUGUUCAUUCUCCUUCUCCUUCUCCUGUUCCUCUCUCCCGAAUGUGUAUGUCAUGUUAGUCAAGUGUCCAAUUAUCAUUACUGUGCUGUCCUACGCUACUCAAUGGUGUGAUGCUGCUGUUAAGGCCUGCCUGCGUGCCCGCCCCCCACCACCACCCUGCGACGUAAUAUCAAUACUAACACAAUAAUAAUAAUAAAGAUAAUAAUAAUAAAUAAUA